CAACCAUUUCUUAACAUUAUUUAAAGAAUAGCAUCUAUAGCUAGAGAAUCAAAAAUGGCGAGCCAUAAUAUGGUCCCAAUUAAGCUGACUUGUGUUGUGCUGAUCGUGUGCAUGGUGGUGGGUGCACCGAUGGCAUCUGCCAUAUCAUGUGCUCAAGUGGCAAACGGGGCGGCGCCGUGCAUUGGCUACCUGCGGAGUGGUGGCCCUACCGUGCCUCCACAGUGCUGCAGUGGUCUUAGUGCCUUGAAUUCCGCCGCUAAGACCACGCCCGACCGUCAACAGGCUUGUCAGUGCCUUAAAAACAUUGCUGCAAGUAUUAAAGGCAUCAACUAUGGCCUUGUUGCUUCUCUUCCUGCCAAAUGCCGCAUCAACAUUCCCUACAAAAUCACUCCUUCCAUCGACUGCAAGACAGUCAAGUGAGCGGAUGUAACAGCUGAUCGGUUCGAAGGAACGAUGGUUAUGUAAUACAAUGAAUAAAUAAUAGAGCUAGAAUAAGGAGGUUUAAUUCAUGAAAUCCAUCACUAAGUAAGCCUCCACUACUUAAAAAGGUUUCAUAUUUAGAAACCCUAUAUGCAGUUAUGUUUUAUGUGAUCGAUCCUCUGUAACAAACGUACAAAAAUCUAUGCAAGUACUAAUAACGCAAUGGAACAUAUGCUUAAAAUUAUGUAA